GAAAGUUCCCGUCGUAUUCAUGAGGCGGGACUACUUCUCGGUUGUAGAUUUUCAUUGGAGUUAUUUCUCUCUGAGGCUGGACCAAAAACCGUCUUCUCGUACCUGGUUGGCCCGCUAGUAGGAAGCACCGCUCCUGGGCUGAAGCCGUCGUGUUGCCCUCACUGCUCUCUGUUUUAUUCUCACCAAGAAGUGUGAGUGCGGCUCCGCUGAGUGAGCGGUGCAAUGAUAAAAGCCGCAUAUGCGGUAGGCUACACACCUAUCAGGCAGGAAAAUACCCACGAAACAGCCUCACCACGCUUCUCCUCGCACCACAGCCUUAUCCACGACUCUGAGCGGAACCUGAAGUGCCAGUAGAACCAUGUCCAGGCCAACGGGGGGCGGUGCCAACGAUGUCACGGUCCGCUUCCUGUCAUCAGGGGCGGGGCCGGGGCCAGGGUCUCCCACCUCCAACUCUGUGUUCCCUGCCGCCAGCCAGGCCGACUGGGCAGCUAAGAGGCUGGUUUGGGUGCCGUCAGAGAAGCAUGGCUUUGAGUCGGCCAGUAUUCGGGAAGAGCGUGGUGAUGAGGUGGAGGUUGAGCUUACAGACAGUCAGCGGCGGAUCACUCUGUCCAGGGAGGAGGUGCAGCGGAUGAACCCCCCACGCUUCAGUAAAGUGGAGGACAUGGCCGACCUCACCUGCCUCAACGAAGCCUCGGUGCUGCACAACCUGAGAGAGAGAUACUACUCUGGACUGAUAUAUACAUAUUCAGGCCUGUUCUGUGUGGUGGUGAACCCUUACAAGAACCUGCCCAUCUACACAGAGGCCAUUGUGGAGAUGUACCGGGGCAAAAAACGCCACGAGAUGCCCCCACACAUCUACGCCAUAUCAGAGGCCGCCUAUCGCAGCAUGCUACAAGACCGAGAAGAUCAAUCAAUCCUCUGCACAGGCGAGUCUGGAGCUGGGAAAACAGAGAACACUAAGAAAGUAAUCCAGUAUUUGGCUCACGUUGCCUCUUCUCAUAAGGGUGGCACUUUGGGCAGGAACAAGGAAGCUGUCCAGAUGGAUGGCUCUAGAUCUUUAACAAGGGGCAGUACUUUGGUGAACAGGAGUAUGCAAUAUGGCGAGCUGGAGAGACAGCUGCUGCAGGCCAACCCCAUACUGGAGGCCUUUGGUAACGCAAAGACUGUGAAGAACGACAACUCCUCUAGAUUUGGUAAAUUCAUCCGCAUUAAUUUUGACGUGGCGGGGUACAUUGUUGGUGCCAACAUAGAAACCUACCUCCUUGAAAAGUCCCGGGCCACCCGUCAGGCCAAGGAUGAAAGGACGUUCCACAUCUUUUACCAGUUGUUGUGUGGAACUUCAGAGGAGACAAGAGCGGACCUGCUGUUAGGAACUGCUGAUGAAUACCGCUUUCUGAGUGGAGGCUCCAUUCCUGUUCCUGGUCAGAGCGAUUCAGAGAACUUCACCCAGACCAUGGACUCCAUGGCUAUUAUGGGCUUCACCCCAGAGGAGUCAAUAUCCAUGCUUAAGGUGAUCUCUGCUGUGCUCCAGUUUGGAAACAUUUCCUUCAUGAAGGAAAAGAACCAGGAUCAGGCCUCAAUGCCGGAUAACACAGCUGCUCAGAAACUGUGCCAUCUGCUGGGCGUCAAUGUGCUGGAGUUCACUCGGGCCAUCCUCACUCCCAGAAUCAAAGUGGGUCGAGAGUAUGUGCAGAAGGCCCAGACGAAAGAACAGGCUGACUUUGCUGUGGAGGCCUUGGCGAAGGCCACAUACGAGCGUCUGUUCAGAUGGCUGGUUCACAGGAUCAACAGAGCUCUGGACCGCAGACAGCGACAGGGAGCCUCCUUCAUAGGGAUCCUUGAUAUCGCUGGAUUUGAGAUCUUCCAGCUAAACUCCUUUGAGCAGCUGUGUAUCAACUACACCAAUGAGAAGCUGCAGCAGCUCUUCAACCACACCAUGUUCAUCUUGGAGCAGGAGGAGUACCAGCGGGAGGGCAUCGAGUGGAACUUCAUCGACUUUGGCCUGGACUUACAGCCCUGCAUUGACCUCAUUGAGAAACCAACCCACCCGCCUGGUGUCCUGGCCCUGCUGGAUGAAGAGUGCUGGUUCCCCCGUGCAACAGACCGCUCUUUUGUAGAGAAGCUGUCUGCUGAGCAAGGCAGCCAUCCAAAAUUCUUCCGAUCAAAGCAGCCACGUGGGGAAGCUGACUUCUCCAUCAUUCACUAUGCUGGCAAGGUGAACUACAAGGCAGAUGAUUGGUUAGUGAAGAACAUGGAUCCUCUGAACGACAACGUGGCAUCUCUCCUCCACCAGUCGUCGGAUCAUUUCGUCUCAGAGCUUUGGAAGGAGGAUAUUCAAACUCUUCCUCGUGUGUACUUCUUUGACUCCUAUGCCACACUACAGGCUAAUGGCUCCGACAUGGACAGGAUCGUGGGUCUUGACCAGGUGUCGUCGGGAGACAACAGUGGGCCCGUCACGUUCGGAGCAGCAGGACUCAAGACGAAGAAGGGUAUGUUCAGGACUGUUGGUCAGCUUUACAAGGAGUCUCUCACAAAGCUGAUGGCCACGCUGAGGAACACCAACCCCAACUUCCUCCGCUGCAUCAUCCCCAACCACGAGAAGAGGGCCGGUAAGCUGUCCCCCCAUCUGGUUUUGGACCAGCUGAGGUGUAACGGAGUUCUGGAGGGGAUCCGUAUCUGCAGACAAGGCUUCCCUAACCGCAUCCCAUUCCAGGAGUUCAGACAGAGAUAUGAGAUCCUGACUCCUAAUGCUAUUCCCCGCACCUUCAUGGAUGGCAAACAGGCAUCAGAACUCAUGAUCAGGGCUUUGGAGCUGGAUCUCAACCUGUUCAGGGUGGGUCAGAGUAAAGUCUUCUUCAGAGCUGGAGUCCUGGCUCACCUGGAAGAAGAAAGAGACCUAAAGAUCACUGACACCAUCAUACGCUUCCAGAGCGCCUCCAGAGGCUACCUUGCACGCAAAGCCUUUCUGAAGAAGCAGCAGCAGCUGAGCGCUAUGAGGGUGAUGCAGAGGAACUGUGCUGCAUACCUCAAACUCAGGAACUGGCAGUGGUGGCGGCUGUUCACCAAGGUAAAGCCCCUGCUGCAGGUGACCCGGCAAGACGAGGAGAUCCAGGUUAGGGAAGCCCAGCUCCAGAAGGUCAAGGACAAACUCACCCGAGUGGAGCAGGACUACACUGAGCUGGACAGGAAACACGCUCAGCUGAUGGAGGAGAAGUCAGUGCUGGCUGACCAGCUGCAGGCGGAGGCGGAGCUGUUUGCGGAGGCAGAGGAGAUGAGGGCCAGGUUGGCCAGUCGGAAACAGGAGCUGGAGGAAGUGCUGGGUGAGCUGGAGAGUCGAUUGGAGGAAGAGGAGGAGAGAGGUGUGCAGAUGACCAAUGAGAAGAAGAGGAUGCAGCAGAACAUACAGGACUUGGAGGAGCAGUUAGAGGAGGAGGAAAGUGCCCGACAGCGCCUCCUGCUGGAGAAGGUCACCUUGGAGACCAAAGUGAAGAGUCUGGAAUCCGACCUGCUGAAUGCAGUGGAGCAGAGAGACAGACUCAGCAAAGAGAAGAAACAGCUUGAAGAGCGUCUGAGUGAGGUGACUGAUCAGCUCACUGAGGAGGAGGAGAAAACCAAAAGUCUGAACAAACUCAAGAACAAACAGGAGGCUGUCAUCGCUGACCUAGAUGAACGCCUGAAGCGUGAGGAGCAGGGUCGCCUAGAGCAAGAGAAGUGGAGGAGGAGGAUGGAGAGCGAGUCGGUGGAGGCCCAAGAGCAGCUGUCAGACCUGGGCAUGCUGGCUGCCGAGCUCAGGGGCAGCCUGGCUCAGAAGGAGAAGGAAAUCACCACCCUGCAGGGCCGGUUGGAGGAAGAAGGAGCGCGCCGUGCCGAAGCUCAGAGGGCGCUUAGGGAGGCCAUGUCCCAGGUGUCUGAGCUGAAGGAGGAAGUGGAGAAUGAACGAGGGAUGAGGGAGAGGGCAGAGAAACAGAGGCGAGACCUGGGGGAGGAGCUGGAGGCUUUGAGAACUGAGCUGGAGGACACUCUGGACACUACAGCUGCCCAGCAGGAGCUAAGGUCUCGUCGGGAAGCGGAGUUAAAUGAGCUCCAGCGGUGCGUUGAAGACGAGACUCGCCGCCACGAGGCCCAACUGUCAGAACUCAGAGUCAAACACAGCGCUGCCAUAGACAGCCUCCAAGAACAGCUGGACAACAGCAAGAGAGCACGUCAGUCCCUGGAGAAGGCCAAGGCAGUGCUGGAGGAAGAGAGGCAGAAUUUGACCUCGGAGCUCAAGAGCCUCCAAGGGGGACGCAUGGAGAGCGAGAGGGGCCGCAAGAGGGCUGAGAGUCAGCUUCAGGAGCUUAGCGCAAGACUGGCUCAGGCCGACAGAGAGAGGGAGGAGAGGGAAGAGCGUGUGCACAAGCUACAGUGUGAGAUUGAGGCUCUCUCCAGCAAUUUGACCUCCUCUGACACAAAAUCCCUUCGGCUCUCAAAAGAGGUCAACAGCCUGGAGAGUCAGCUGCAUGAUGCAAAGGAACUGCUGCAGGAUGAAACUCGUCAAAAGAUGGCUCUGGCCGGGAGGGUUCGAGCGCUGGAGGAGGAGAAGAACGGACUGAUGGAAAGACUCGAGGAGGAGGAGGAGAGAGCCAAAGAGUUGACCCGGCAGAUUCAGACUCAUACACAGCAGCUGGCAGAGCUUCGUAAGCAGUCGGAGGAGGUGAACACUGCGGUGGAGGCCGGAGAGGAGACCCGCCGGAAACUCCAGAGAGAGCUGGACAGCGUCAUGCAGAGGGAGCGGCAGAAGGAGGAGGAGAAGGAGAGAGUAGAGAGGCAGAGGGAGCGACUGAGGGAGGAGAUAGAGGACAUGACGCUUGCCCUGCAGAGAGAGAGGCAGAACUGCACGGCCCUGGAGAAGAGGCAGAAGAAGUUUGAUCAGUGUCUGGCAGAGGAGAAGGCGGUGAGCGCUCGGCUGGCAGAGGAAAGGGACAGAGCGGAAGCAGAUAGCCGAGAGAAGGAGACAAGACAUCUGGCACUUUCCCGAGCCCUGCAGGAGGCCCAGGACCAGAGGGAAGAGCUUGAGAGGGCCAACAAGCAGCUCCGUCUGGAAAUGGAACAGCUUGUAAACCAGCAGGACGAUGUCGGCAAGAACGUUCACGAGCUGGAGCGGACCAGGAGGACUUUAGAAACAGAAGCCCAGAACCUGCGAGUUCAGACGCAGGAGCUGGAGGAAGAGCUAUCGGAGGUGGAGAACUCGAGGCUGAGGCUGGAGGUCACCCUGCAGGCGCUCAAGGCUCAGUUUGAGAGGGAGAUAAGCACCAGCGAGGAGAAGGGAGAGGAGAAGAGGAGGGCGCUCAGCAAACAGGUAAGGGAGUUGGAGAUCCAGCUGGAGGAGGAGAGGAGCCAGCGGUCCCAGUCUGUUUCAUCCAAGAAGCAGCUGGAAGCAGAACUGCAGGAAGCUGAAGCCCAAGUGGAAGCAGCCACCCGUGGAAAAGAGGAGGCUGUGAAGCAGCUACGGAGGCUGCAGGGUCAAUUGAAGGAAGUUCUGCGUGAGCUAGAUGAGACCAAGUUGGCUCGGGAUGAGGUGAUCGCUCAGUUGAAAGACAACGAAAAGAAGAUCCAAACACUGGAAGCAGAAGUCCUGCAGUUCACUGAGGAGCUUUCUGUAUCAGAGAGGCAGAGGAGGCAGGCUCAGCAGGAGAGGGACGAGAUAGCGGAUGAGAUGGUCAACAGCAGUUCUGGAAAGACGGCACUGUUUGAGGAGAAGCGGAGGUUAGAAGCGCGAGUCAGUCAGCUGGAGGAGGAGCUGGAGGAGGAGCAGAGUAACUCUGAACUGCUAGCAGAGAGGCAAAGGAAGACUGCUCUACAGGUGGAGACUCUGACCGUGCAGCUGCAGGGAGAGAGGACUCUGGCCCAGAAGGCAGAGGCAGCUCGGGAGCAGCUGGAGAGGCAGAACAAGGAGCUGAAGACCCGACUGGGGGAAAUGGAGGGAGCAGUGAGGGGCAAACACAGGCUCAGCGUCGCCGCACUGGAGGCCAAGAUAGACUCGAUGGAGGAGCAGCUGGAACAGGAGAGACAGGAACGAGCCAUGGCCAACAAACUGGUGCGGAAGACAGAGAAGAAACUGAAGGAGGUGAUGAUGCAGGCAGAGGACGAGAGAAGACAUGCAGACCAGUACAGAGAACAGCUGGAUAAGUCGAUGGUCCGCCUGAAGCAGCUGAAGAGGCAGCUGGAGGAGGUGGAGGAGGAGAACUCUCGCUCCAACGCCCAGAAGAGGAAGCUGCAGAGGGAGCUGGAGGAGCUUGCCGACAGCGGUCAGAGUAUGACGCGAGAGAUCACCUCUCUCCGCAGCCAGCUCAGCAUCCCUGAAUGGAGACCAGAUAAGCGUGCUCCUUUGCCCCUGGCGAUGCGUGGACGCAGAGCGCUUGUCGACGACCUCUCGUUGGAGAACUCUGACUCGGAGGAGCCCCCUGCCUCGCCGACCCCUUCCUCUGGAUUCCCAGGGACCCCGACUCCUUCCUCCGAACACAGCCUGGACCCUCCGCCGCCCUACAGUGUGAACACCACAGAGUGAUGCGCAGAUAGACUCACAUAAUGUACACACAAACACACGCACACAUCUGCCUCUCAGAGCCUCCACAACUCAGGGGUGAAGGAGCAACAUGCACACAGUACAUCACAACACUGUAGUUUAUAAAGGUUAACGAUGUAGGAUGCACACAUCAGGCGCUAUUACUAUAAAACAACCUCACUAAAAAAACAGAAGAAGUGUAAAAAUUAGAUUUUACAAAGAGGCAUCUGGAAUUGAUUUUUAUUUUGUAACAGACUGCGACGUAAAAAAAAACAACAUAGCAAAGACUGGAAAUUUCUACAUUACAUCUCUGUAAUAAACUUCUGAGAAACUAAACUACAUCUCCCAGAGUUCCAUGGGGAAAGUGAAUUAUUAUCAACUAAUGUUAUGAUGCUGUACAGUAAGUAGAAGGCAGGCAACAUGGUGGUCAUGUAUUUUACAUUAAUAGGUAUUUAAAAUCUAAGCCAUGUUUAUUAAGCCUUUGAUGAGAAAAUACAAUCUGAUUUCACAAAGGGCUGCUGGACGGUGAAAAUACCUCUUUUCAGAAAGGUGUUGUGAAAAAUGUAUCUAACAAUCUAAAUGUAUCAACAAGAGACGUCAAAUACACACAUGGAGAAGAGAAUUCACCUUCUUUUUACGAGCGUGUGCAAAUGUGAUUUCUGACAUUUUCAUAUGUCAUAGUCAUAGUAAAAAAACAAACAAAUGAGAAACUUUGAGUCAUCUGAAAAAUAGUAUAAUAUGAAGACAUUUUGGGUGAGUUUCCAAAAGAGAAAUGGCAAUUAGUAACCAAUGUGUAACUUUUAUUGGAAAUGGUUGAUCAGAAACUGGGACGUAUUGCAGUAAGUUUCAUAACAUAUUGAUCUAAUUUUCAUAUCAUUUGUCAGAAUUGUAGAGACAAAUAACUGACCAUAAAAAGCAGCCUACACGCAGUACAGCUGCACAAAGUUGUUUUAAGUGAUAAGUCUGUUUUCUCUAGAUUAGACACAGUAUGUUGUUAGACAAAGCAGUAGGUAGUAUUAGAUAGUUUCUUAAACUAAAGUCUUCACAUAUUUCUUCAGAAAUUUGCAUAAUUUAUAUCAAAUGUGAACUUAAGUUAUUGAUCGCUGGUUAUUUUCUGUACAACUCUGUCUUGUGGAGAAGCAUGUUAAUCUGACGUUGGCCUGAACUGGGUUACGUUCAUGGUUCAGACUUGUUUCAGUCAGCGUCACAGUAUCAGGUCUCGGAGGUGAAUUUGCAUGGAAAACUUUUCUGGUGGAGAACUGGUUUGAGCUUGAGUGUCUCCCGCAGCAGCAUAACUACAAACCUGUGGAGAACUGUAUUAAUUGAUCUUUUUAUCUAAAUCAGAACAAAUUGUGACAAUGGAUCUUUUUUUCUUGUUUUAGACUGAUAAACACAUCACAUUUUAUUUUGACAAGCAUCUUGUAUAUUGUAAUUUUGAUUUUUAUUGAGUAACUGUGUAAAUUAUUGAUCAAACAAAGCUUUUGUGUUUAACCAAAUGGUGGGCGUAUGGAUGAGAAAAAGGGACUUAGUACCAGGAGUAGUAGUAAACGUAGAGUAACUGUAGAAUAGAGUAGACGACAGGAGUGUAGAGGCUGCUUAGGGUUUCUGCUAUCAUCCAGUGACUCUACUGGAGUUAUUCUAAGUAGAAUAAACUCAGUCUCUGCUCCCAGUUCCUGUUUAGAAGAUUCUAGAAAAACUGAGCAAGAGACUCAAAGCAUUUUCAGAUACUAGUAGUAUUAGAUAAAAAAUGACAAUGGGGAGUAAGGAAUGAAUUUUUAUGAAGAAACAAGUAGAACAGAAAGUAGACUUUUUUUUAACCUAGCUAUCAACUUAAAAUGUGUGUGUGUGUGUGUGUGUGUGUGUGUGUGUGUGUGGUGUCAACCAAACACAAGCGGCUUGAUGACCCUGCUGUGAAACAGACAAUGUUUUUUUUUUGUCAAACCUGGUUUUAAAGAUGUUUCUCUUUAGGUGAAACAUCUGCAUUUUCCUCAGCAUGUUGUAUUUAUUGUUUAAAAGACGAUGGUCUUUUUUCAAUUUUAUUUUUGUUUAUGAGCUUUUUCAGCACCUGUUUGCCUGUCCAGGAAGUUAACGUGAUGUCUAGUUUUUGAAUUAGACACAAAUAGCUACGCUUUAAAGGAAUGGUUUAACAUUAUGGGGAAUUUGCUAAGUCAGUUUCUUCCGUAGAGUUAGAUGAGAAAAUCGAUACCACUUUCAUAUCAGUUUGGUAAAAUAUAUUGUUAUAUGUUGUAUGUUUGAAAACAAAAAACAGAGUUGCGUUUUUACGAGCUGAACUAUGUCUUGGCCAGACACAGUAAGCAGAGACUACAGGAAGUCACUGCACUCAGACAAGAAAUAGUCUGGAACACAACUCCCCAUAAAACUGCAUAUUGUUGUUUUUACAUUUAGUUUUUUAUACAAAUUAAACCUACCUAAAAUAAAACGUGCAGGGCCAGGCUACCUGUUUCCCCCAUUGUCUUCUGGGUGUAGCUUCAAAUUUAUUGUACAGAUGUGAAAGUAACACAACAAAAAAAAAUCCAAAAAGGCUUUUUCCCAAAAUGUACAACUAUUCCCUUAAAUCAGAAAGAAUGUCACUGGCGCUUUAACUUUCAAUUGGAACUAAAGAAAGAUAAAGAUUGUGUAGCUGAAAUCACAAAUGUUGUUUCUGCACUUGCUCUGAAUGUUUUCUUUUUAUUCUGGUUAUAUAUAAACUAUAUAGCAAAGGAUUACUGAUCGUGUUGGUGUUUACCGUUAAAUACGCACAGGGCCAGUUCAGUUGUUGUCGGUAAUCAGGGCUGUCUGCUCCCUCUUCUUCCUUCUGAUUUAAAUUAACAGGUGUAUAUUUUAAUGAAACAACAAUGCAAAGCUAACAUCUGCACUGGCAAAACAAGAACAAUAAGCGUGAACGCGUCCUAAUGUCCUAUGUGUAUCCAUAUAUUAACCUGUUUUAAAUAUUUUAUUCCACGCCAGGUUCACUAUGAUUCACAGUUGGUGACCGGUGAAUAAAGAUCAAACCACUUGGGUCAAGAAAGAGUUUGACUACUGACGACAUAUAUUUAAUGCCCUAUUAAAGGGUUUUAUUGUUUGUUUUCUGUAUGUACAAUUAUUUUGUUUUAGCAAUAUGCAAAGGAUUUGUGUUCGAAGCUUUGUUUAUUAAGAUAUUGUGUAAAUGCACUUUACACAUUACCAGUGGAGAUAAACACAACUGGACUUGUCAUUAUGUUACGUCUGCUUUGUCGGGUUGUAAUUUAUCUCAAAGAGGCCGACAUAGCAUUAAGCCAAACGAGUUGACAUCACUUGUCAUCAGGAUACAGUCUGUCAUCUCAGAAUGUCAUAUCAGCGUCUAAACGUGGCGACUCUGUUCAUGCCUUGAUAGACCAAAAUCUGAAUGAGGGUGGAUUAAACUGCUGGAACGAGAACAGAUGAGUUCUGUUCAUCUGUAGCAAGAGACGAGGCCGGUGCUUCUCUUAAGGUGUUAUUUUUCUCUGUGUGUUUGUUUAUGGUUACUGUGCAACUUAAGACAUUUUGGAAAAAUGUGUUUUAUUGUUUUAGCCUUUUUUGUUAAUGAUGCUGUAAUUAUAAAACAUCUGACUGGGGUUACCUUUAAUAUAUGUCAUUGGUUUUGA